UGUUCGUCAUUUUAUUAAAAAAAAAUCUAUUCCUUUUUAAUGUUGGUUGUCAUUUUGCUCAUUAUUUUAUUCUAUGAUAUUAAUGCAUUUUGUAAAUGUGAGGCAAUGUCAACACGGGUAUUUCUGACAGACACGUGUGCCCUGUAACUUACCGGUAAAUAUCCUAUUAUUGGUUGAUUGACAGCUUGAUUGAUAUAUAUAUAUAUAUAUAUUAUUAGGUAAUUCGUUUCCCAGCAAACACAAAACGUUAUUAUAACCAUGGAUGUAUUACGAAGAUCUUAUAAGAUCUUUGAUGUAGGCCUAUUAUUAAACACCAAUAGCAAACGUCAAACAGCAUAAAUUAUCGUUGCAAACACUGGAGAACGUAAAGACUGACAGUUUGAAUGAUAUAUAUAUAUAUUAUUAGGUAAUUCGUUUCCCAGCAAACAUAAAACGUUAUUAUAACCAUGGAUGUAUUACGAAGAUCUUAUAAGAUCUUUGAUGUAGGCCUAUUAUUAAACACCAAUGGCAAACGUCAAACAGCAUAUCGUUGCAAACACUGGAGAACGCGCAUGGUUGAUAACGUUCGUGCGCGAUUUAAAAUGCAUACAGAGCACGCUGUGGCACUUUUCGGCCUAACCUUGAUCUAAUCGUCAACAUAGGUCUAGGCCUAGGCUAAACCAUAUGUUUAUGCUUAUAUAUUAUUAUUAUCAUCAUCAAUACAAAUAUAAACUUCAAAAUCUGGAAAUAUGUUUAAUUCUAUGAAAAAAGUUGUUCAGAGUGUGGAGAAAACAUGGCAAAACCUAGCGUCACACGCCGAACAAAGUAGCAACGCAUGGGACAACGAACAAAACUUGUACAAGCGUGGGAUAUUAAUGAACAUUCACUUUCUUACCGAUAGAGUUGAUGUUGAUACGAAAAUAGAAGCGUUGAGAAAAAUUGGCCACUUAGCAUACACAGGGGGCCCUGAAGCUUCGAAGUGUGCAGGAAAGUCUAUGGAUCUUAUUGUCGAAAUUUUGAGUAACAUCGCAAAUCCAAGAUCUCUCCGUACUCAGGCCGCCAGAAGCUUGAGUGAGAUUUGCAAAAGCCACAAGGACAACGCAACGAAUUUUGUGAAGAAUGGUCUCAGCUCAGUUUUAGGAAGCCUAGAAUCAACAUCUGAUCCUAGACUAACCCGCUGGUGUAUCUAUACGUUGGUUACUGGUAGCGUUAACAGUAUACCGGCAUUGAAGUGGUUAUCGACCAGUGACGAACUUCCUAAAAUACUCAGAAAAAUGGCGGCUCUUUCUUGGAAUGGUUGGGAGAAUAAUUACGCUAAUAUACUUCUCAUGUUACUGGGUUAUACAGAGGAUAACUGAGAUUUACUCGAAAUCUUUCUGCCAAGUCAAUUUUCGGAGAAUCCAGUUAAUAAUAUUAAUAAUUCAUAAGAUAGGCCACCAGCUUGUCUGAAAGGUCUACAAGUUUGUUACCAAUUCCAAUGUAGGGAUGCAGCAUCCCAAAAUAGCUUAUUCUAGUCUCUUUUCCGUGCUUUCAUUUGCAUAACGUUGGUAUUACUUUUUGCUCAUAUUUCGGCUUAUGAAUUGAAAUAGAAGAAAAUACCACAAGCGUUCUUUAUAGUGAAUGUGUGCAGAGUUUCAUUGUAAUUUAACCUUUGGUUUCAGAGCCUUUAUGAAUAUACUGACGUAGGCCUAAUGCAUUUUCUUUUGAGCACGGUUUUUCUAGUGCCACUGUUGCAAAACUAUAACAUCCUAUUAUAUUAUCAUUAUUACAGAAAAUGUUUGUUUACUGCCGUUUUGACCCACUUUUAAAGGAGCUAAAGUAGUUCCACGCUUAGAUCGAAAAACACAAUGCAAAUCUUUUAUUUACUCAACAAGACAAAGACUAUCUCAUAAAUUCAGAGCAUUCAGCCAUGCCAAUCUUUAUUAUCAAUAUACACGCAAAUUUGGAAGAAAAAACAUUUUGUAAGUUUGCAAUACGAUGGGUCAUGCCGGAUACGGAGUAGGUAUUACAGAAACAUUUUGUGACAUAAGAAAUUGCAAAGAGUAUCGUGCAUAAUAAGAGCAAUUAUAAGAAAUACCACACAGCGAGUUUUGGAACAAUGUUGCAAGACCAUUUUUUAGUUCAUAGCUUAGGCCUAUAUCAAGAUAUUACACUCUAUCAUUCAUAGAAAAAAGAGGAAUUUUAAAUCUAGUCUGUCUUUACAAAGGUUUGAAAGUUAUAUAAAUUGAUUUAAUUAUAUCAGCAAAUGUAAGCAAUUAAGCAGUAAUUUGGAGUCACUUUAAUAUGAAUGAUCUAUUUUUAAAUAGUACUAUUUCUUAUCAAGUUAUAUAAUAUUAGCAUUACAUUAUAUCCUCAUUUACAAUAAACAUUCACAUCUAAACAAAAAGACUGACCAACGAAUUGCUAAUCCUCAGAUUUCUUGUUGCUAUAACUUGACAACUGGUAAACCCCACGAUUCUAAUGAUAUAGACAUUAAAUCAUCACAUCUACCGUGCAGUUGCGGCGCCAGCUGGGGGGGGGGGGCAGGGAGCUUAAGCCCCCAUCGGACAAGUCAAGCCCCCCACCGGCCGAGCUCAUCAGGCAGUCAGACCAAAAAAAAAAAUAACUUAAAAAUAGGUGUACACCAAGCCAAAACAUGUCUUUCACAGAGUGCCAUUUCCAGGCAUAAAGAGGUCCCUAUUUAAAAAAAAAAUCUUAUUUGUGAGGGGGAUACUCCCUACCAAACCCUCCCCCUCCUCAGGCACACAAGCUGAAGCCCCUCCCCCCAGAAAAUGUAUCCUAGAGCUGCCACUGCUACAAUGGACAACUCGCAAGGGACCAUUUCUGGCUAAGCCCCGCCCCUUGGAUAUGGUGGCUGAAGCUUUGUCCACACUAUAAAAAUCUAUGUGACAAAUGAGUAUGAUGUGCCCAUAUAUGGGCAUGGUGAUGUCAUAUAUUACACCCAAAUACGGGCAUAUCACAUUUGUUUCUCACAUGAAAUUUUAAAGUUUGAACAGAGCUUAAACUUCCACAAAACGACAGUGUAAACAUACAUAAACUGGUGUUUUUAAGAGAUAUGAGUGUACUCCUGUCCGUAAAUAACACAUUCUGGUUGGUCAGUUGUUAAGUCCAUGACAGGAUAGAACUACGCGAGACGCAUACAUUUACUCUGACGUCAGUUAUAUAAUAGCAAAAAAAAUAAUGUUAUCAAAGUUUUGUAUUUAUGUUAGAAAAAUUUGUGUUACCUUCCAGAAUAUUACAAUUUCCAACCAAUCACAAUGCAUGGAAUAAUUUUCAUAAAUCACUCAACUUUUAAGAAUGCUAUUGAAACAAUAUGAUAGCCAACCAAAUCUUCAUGACUGAUAGUAUACAGAUUAUGACCAAAUGGAUCAUCCCACUAAUCUCCGACCCUUGGAUAUUGUUGCUUAAGUCCUAAAACAUGAUCAUUGUUAACAAAUGCAAACAUGUGUUACUGUGGAACAUGAGUUUGUUCCUGGCCCUGUUGUGACUAUUCAGAUGAUUAAUUGACACUUGGAAAGGCCUAUUGUACACACCUAGUCCAUGCAAACAAUGCUGAUGGAUUGGGUAAAUUUCAAGCAUGUUAAUUAUCCAGAGCCCAGCACAUUCAACAUCAGUAAUACAAGGCCACAUAGAAAGAACAAUUCUGACACGGCCGUUGUGAGUAAGACCUCGCUACUCCAAAUUUAACUGCAUUUUUGCAUGCUUCUUUAUUAAUAUCAUUAUUUACGCUUUUAUUAUUAUUAUUAUUAUUAGAUAGUUUAUUAUUGUUAGUCCAAUUCUACUGAGUUCGACAGUAGCAGCUGGUUGUGGUAGAAAGAAUAGGGCUUUUUAUGAUCCUUACGGUCAACUGAGAGAGCGUUGCAUACAAGGCAGCCCAACACGAUUUACCAUCAGGAACAUUCUUCAUAUCAUCGUGAGAAUAUUAAACAUGUUUAAUAUUCUAUCUGCACUUGUUGCGAUUACUUUUAGAAUAGUGUGUUCUAUUCUUAAGUGCAUCUUGGCCACUCACUGCUCCCGAAGGCCCUCGUCUGACGUAGUUAUAUGGAGAACACAACGUGUGCGCAACGGAUCUUUUUUAAUGACGAUCCAAGCAGACUGCCACCAAAAAUCAGUAGAUAGUGCUGCGCCGUCUGAAGCAGUGAGUGCUCAGCUUAAAGCUACGUUCACACCAAGCCCGGACAAAAUAUCAUGGGUUGUUAUGCCUUUUGAACGCUGCGUUCACAUUGUGCACGGAACAUGGUUAUUUGGGAUCAAGUACGUAUGCGUUUGAACCAAUCAAG